AUGUCCACCAGACCUCGCCGCAGUUGUGUCAAGGCAACCGCCGUCGCUCCAGAAUUGGAUGAAGAGAAGGACGUGUCAGUCGUCCAACUGUCCUCCGACAGCGACGGGGAUGUCGUCCAAUUGGAAGAUUCCGACGAUGAUUCAACACCGCCUGUGUUGGAAUUGGAGUCUCCAAUUCAGGAGGAGCAGAAAGAAGAAGUUGCAUCCGAUUUGGCGACAGCACUUCAAAAUUGCAUCGGAGCGCAGAACGAAGAGAAGGAGAAGGUGAAGGUGGUGAAGGAUCCGUUCCCGAAGGAUAUAAACCUGCUUCAACUCUUGAAACCUCUAGUGGUUGCUCCGACAAGAGUUCCACUCGCCACAGUUCCCCGCCAAUUUCAAGUUUUCCAUGCGACAAGAGAGGGCAGAGAACUACAAAGACUCCAAAACAACAUCCUCCCCGCUCGGAGUUCGAUGGCUCCGGCAUCAUUUAUUGUCGGAUCAAACACCGACAAGGGGCCGGUUCGAAUCUUGGAGAAUCGGAAGCGGGAGAUGGAAAGAAGUGCAAUGAUGCCGGUAGCCAAGAAACCCUGUUCUCCACUGGAGGCCUAUAACGGAGGAAGACCUGGCGUGAGGUUCGGAAGAGCGCCGAUGCCUACAGGAGUCGUCGCCAUGCCUCCAAAACUACCUGCACCCACACCUCAAAUUGAGAAGGUUUCCGAAAAUCAGCACAAGGAGAUUUUCCAGGAACAACAACAGGAGGUCAUCUCUCGAAUCAUGAAAGAGACUAGUGAUGACUCUGUUCUGCUCGGAACAAAAGUACUCGACGGACUCAAUACUCUCAACGAGAGAGGUGGAGCAGAGUAUGGAAAGUUCUCCAAGGAGCUUUUCGACUUGAUGAUGAAGUAUGGAAUCCAGUAA